AAAUGACAAUUAUACACAAGAAUGUCAUUGUUUUGCUUAUAUUUUAGAGUAAAAUCUACUUUCAUUGAAGUAUUAAAAGACGUAAACUAUUUAAAUAAUGACAAGAAACGUGUCUUAUACUGCUUAUAUCCACUAACAGUUGUAUUUUCUUUAAUUCCUCGCAUCAUGGACCCUAGUCCUUUGUACUUUGGUAUGUUUACCAUCACCAACAAAUCUAUCGAUAUUUAAACCUCUCUGUUAAUCUGGAUUUACGAAAGAAUAAUCGAAGUGGCCCAAUCACCAAUGGAUUUAAAACUACACUGGAAUACACGUACUUUAAAAUGGACACAUAUCAGAUACCGUACGUGAGAAUAGCAUUAUUUCUGGCUGUCACAAUUCCCUCAGUCCUAUCCCAGUGUAACACACCAGUACACCUGUAUGCCCACCAUGGAACGUCCGAGACCAUCACGUCUCCAAACUACCCGUUUAACUAUCCCAGCUCCAGUGACUGUCAAUGGCUGAUACAAGCAGAGUCCUCCUCCUCUACUAUAGGCGUGGUCUUCUCCUUUAUCAACACAGAGUCCUUCUUCGACAAAAUCCGGAUCUACGAUAGCAACACACCCGGGGCAAACUUGUUGACUACCAUAUUUGGAAGUACUACUAAUCGUUACUACGAAAGCACCGGUGAAUACUUAUAUAUUAGGUUUACAUCGGACAAUGCAGUUGAAAAAUCCGGAUUUUCUCUACAAUACUUUAGCCUUUUCUCCACAGUCAUUGGCCAGAGACAAGGCCUACCGUGCUACGCCCUGAGUAACCGCCAUACCAUCACACUGACAGUUACUCUCAGCAUCCAGCAGACACUGUCCACUUUUCCGGAUCCCUACUCAGGGAAUGACUACUGUUACUGGCUUGUAGACACAGGGGCCGGAAACUUUUUAAAUAUCAGCAUUCUGGUAACCGAUGACGAAUACGGGACGAACCCCGGAGGACUUACCGUUUAUGAUGGUAAUUCUGCUUCCGCUACAGCUUUGGGUACCGUAUCUGAUAAAUCCCAAACAGAAUCCGGUUCCGUUGUCUUGGGAACCAGUCAACAGUACGCCUUCUUUGUUUACCACAGACAAAGUAUUAGCCAGUACCGAGGCUUCUUACUAAGUUUCAACAAAGUGGGGUCUCCACCUGCACAAGUUGCCCCGCCCCCUACAAUAAGUCCUUCUGUGGUCAACAAUACAUGUGGAAACGAGCUGCUAUCGUCGGACAACAUUACCAACUACGUCACUUCCCCCAACUACCCGCUUGACUACAACAGCCAUUCCUCUUGCGUAUGGACCAUACGAUCGACCAAUGAGAGUAUGGUCAUUCAGUUGACGUUUGAGGCAAUAGACAUGGAAAGCUGUUGUGAUUUCCUAUACGUAUAUGACGGAGAAACUGCUGAUUAUACUCUUCUUGGAACGAUCACGGGAAAUUAUUAUAACUCGUCAGGACUUCCAGUAUAUCGCUCAACCGGAAGUGCCUUAAGACUGCAUUUCGUUAGUGAUGAGAGAACGCAGCAAACUGGAUUCAAAGUUGGAUUUCUAUCUAUACCUCCAGAGAUCCCAUCAUGUGUUGAUCAAGCGACUACCACAAUAUUAAAUGCCUCAUACUCAGUCCAGACUUUUGAAUCUCAUCCCGAGUUUUCAACGUCGCAGAACUAUAAUAACUCCUACGAAAUAUCCUGGUUGAUUGUAAAACCCAAGGAAUCUGACAUUCUCUCACUCCAGUUUACAGUAUUCAACUUGGAAUAUAGUAUGAAUUGCGUUUUUGACAACGUUACCAUAUACAAAGGAGCUUGUUCAUCUGAUCCAUUGGCCAAAACGAUGUGUGGAUCUCUGGGAGAUAGCUUUACUUAUUCUAUGGGGAAGUUUCUGCUCGUCCGGUUUAAGACAGACAUAUCUGUUACGGACAGAGGCUUCAGUAUAUCAUACGUCUUGUUGAAUUCUACAUCGACAGACGAUACAUCUUCUUCCGGUUUGCCUGACUACGUGCGCUACACGAUAGCUGGCGUCUUCACCGCCAUAUUUGUUAUCGGAACGUUAUGCCUUUGUGUUUGCUGCUGUAGAAAGCUAUGUCCCAAAACCGCCAGCUUAAAGUCAGUAGCAAAAUCAGACAUGAAAAGAAACCUGAUACUUACAAACACAAAUAAACCAAAAACUAUAAAGGUGCCACGUAAGAAGAUGAAACGAUCUAAAUAUGGAAACAAAGUGACCAUUGACGAUCCUAAGUUCCCUUUGGCAGGGCCGGGCAUCACCCCGGUGGCGCCACCGUUCCCUUUGGAUUUGAAAGAUAAAGUUGUUGGAGAGAAAUCUACAGACACUCCAAAAACUCUUCCGCCAAUUAAGGAGAAAAAAGUCAGGAAACCAAAGAAGGAUAAGGCUGAAAGAAUUCAGUCUGAUGGACUGAGUGAAGACUCGUCUGCUACCAUCUUAGAUCACGAUUCUCCUAUCGACUUUGCCACUAUACCCCCGCCCUUCGAAUAUAAAGCCCCCUUUGGUUGAUUCAAUUCCUUGUCCAGUCCAAAAAUGAGAAGUCCAGUUUGGGGUUGAACAAUAAUUUAUUAAAGCGUGAUUGUACAUAUAUUUUACAAAGUAACUUUCAAAGUCUACAAAUUCAAAUACCAGUCUGUCUGACUGACUCUAGCCGUUCUCAAUCUACUGUCCUUUACAAAAAACAUGAUUGAGAAUCAAAAUUUGUACAUGGCAAAGCUGUCAUUUUUGUUUACAUUGUGGAGAUAUAAAAUGUCAAUUUGGGAAAGUUUUAUACUGAUUUUAGACAUUAUAAUGAAUGUACUGAUAGGUGGAAGCAUGAUUGCAAGUUGUCAAUGUUAUAAUGUUACAUAUAUCUUUGAUAUAAGGUGGUAUGUUAACAUGUUAAUGAAUAAUAAAAAUUGUUCUUAUU